AUGUCGAGCAAAUCUGCUCCAAAAUCAACAUCAACGCCAAAUGCUGGUAAUAGUUGUAAGCUCUGCCGUGAGCCCGACAUUCCUGAAGUGGUAGCUUGUGACAAAUGCUCCACAUGGUUUCAUUUCCAAUGCGUCAACGUCGGUUCUUCUGUUAACGACAGAAGUUGGGUAUGCGAAGCCUGUCAAAGGUCAUCAAGCCACCAUUCACCUGCUCGUUCAAUCAUCUCCACUGUGGCGUCCAAGGAAACAUCCAAAUCCCGGAAAAGAAGAGAUCUUCUCUUGAAAAGACUCGAAGAAGAAAAAGUCCUUCGAGAAGCAAACUUGCAAAAGUACUUAACAGAUAAGUACAAAAUUCUCGAAGAACUAAGCAGUUCAGAUGAAGAAAACAUCCAAGGUAAGUCGGUAGAUCGUAGCCAAUUAACAGAAAAAUGGGUCCAAGAUACCCCAGCUAAUAUCCCAGUCUCUGGUGCAGCUAACACCCUUGCUAAAGAAAAAAUACAACCAAAACCUGUUAUCGUUCCUCAAAAGCAGCCCAACCCAAGCAACCUUGUUCCAUUACAAGUAGAAAACCCUACACCAAGUGGUCAAAUUCACCCUACUUAUUCCGAACCUCAACAAAAUACGCUUUUACCAUCUCAGUUAGCGACUCGACAAGUGAUAUCAAAGGACCUGCCACUCUUCCAUGGUCAUCCUGAGGAGUGGCCAAUUUUUAUAAGUUCCUUUGAGCACAGCACAAACCUCGCCGGUUAUACUCACGCCGAAAACUUAAUGCGCCUGCAAAAAUGCCUACGUGGCAGUGCACUUGAGACAGUAAAGAAUCGCCUCUUAUUGCCAUCGAUGGUGCCAGAUAUAAUUAAAACUCUUCGAAUGCGUUUCGGUAGACCAGAGCACAAUAUGCGCUCGCGAUCCAAAAUGUGUGCCGUAAUGGAAGCAUCACAGAUGACAGCCCACUUGAACAACCCCACGCUUCUCAAGGAAUUUGUUGAUAAGCUUACUCCACAUCUUUUGUUGAACUGGGCCCUAUUUUCAAAAGAUUUACAAUCACCCACACUGCCAGAGUUUUCAAAUUGGUUAAGCGAAAUUGCGGAAGCUGCUUGUACCGUCACAACGCCAAUCGUGCGCACAGACAAACUGGAACGACGUAGUAAUCACUUCUUCACUCACGACGUAGUCAAAGCACCUACAUCAAACAUAGAUCGUGAAAGUAGCACGAGACAAUGUUAUGUCUGUAACGAUUCCCAUCCAUUGGAUUUCUGCUACGAAUUCAAACGAUAUGGACGUUCUGAAAGAUGGAAUGCCGUAAAAAAGAACAAUUUAUGUCACACGUGCUUAAAAAAACACCCUCACGCGCGAUGUCGAUCAACACUAUUGUGUGGAGUGGACGGAUGCACAAGAAAACAUCACAAGCUUUUACAUAAUUCAGCUGCUGAUAGUACUCCCCCCAGGAUGCAAAUUGGCUCAACUUUAGGAUGCCAUUACAACCGCUGCGACGAUAAUAUACAAAACAAUAUCGUUUUUAGAAUUAUUCCAGUGAAGCUUUAUGGAAUAAAUAAAACGUGUAACACCUUUGCUUUCCUGGACGGAGGCUCAUCCCUGACGUUGAUUGACGAUGAACUCGCUUGUGACCUGAACCUUGCAGGGAGGUCCGAAAAUAUUUGUUUAAAGUGGACUUCCGAAACUACACGCGUUGAAGAAAACUCACGUAUCGUCACAUUGGGCAUAUCAGGUUCCUCUGAAGGAUGCCAGAGAUUCACCCUCCACAACGUUCGCACCGUAAACAAUUUAGGGCUACCAAAACAAUCCGUAUCGAGUCAUAUUAUGCAAAAUCGUUAUUCGUACAUGAGAGGUUUGCCUAUUCCUUCGUAUGACAUGGCUCAACCAAGAAUUCUUAUUGGAAUGGACAAUUGGAAACUUGGCGUAUCAAUGAGAGUGUUUGAAGGCAACUGGUCCGAACCAAUGGUGACUAAAACGCGCCUAGGUUGGUGUGUUCAUGGUCCUGAAAAAGACAUACAAACAAAUUUUAAAAACACUGAAUUUGCAUUGAAUAUAUUUCAAAACCAGAAUGAUACAGAGCUUCAUCAACUUGUAGAAAACUUCUUUUCAAUUGAAAACAUCGGUGUACGCAUUCCAACGCUUCAAAUGGUAUCCACAGAAGAAAAAAAGGCCAUCAGAAUUCUUGAAGAAACGUGUGUUCGUAUCGAAAAUAAAUAUGAAGUCGGUCUUCUUUGGAAGUACGAUAAAUUCAAUUUGCCUGACAGCUAUUCCAUGGCGUUUAAUCGUUUUCAAAUACUAGAUCGAAAAAUUCAAAAGGAUGUUCGGCUGAGUGAAAAUUUAAAUGAGCAGAUUUUGAUUUUAGUAAGCAAAGGUUAUGCAAAAAAAUUGUCCGAUGAUGAGUUAAAAGUGAAUCGCCGUGUUUGGUACUUACCAAUUUUUAUAGUGAGAAAUCCGAAUAAACCAUCAAAGGUAAGGCUCGUGUGGGAUGCAGCUGCGAAAUGUGACGGUGUUUCACUUAACGAUUUUCUCUUGAAAGGGCCAGACCAAUUAGUACCAAUCACAAACGUCCUAUAUGGUUUCCGUUGUGGAAGGUUCGCAAUUUGUGGCGACAUAGCCGAAAUGUUUCAUCAGGUGUCAGUGCGCAAAGAAGACAGGUCGGUUCAACGUUUUUUGUGGAGGGACAAUAAAGCAAUGCGUGCUCCUAGUGUGUAUGAGAUGCAAGUUUUGACGUUUGGUGCUAGCUGUUCACCGUGCAUUGCUCAUUAUGUAAAAAAUCAAAAUGCAUUGCGUUUUUCAAGAACAAAAUCAAGAGCCGUUGAGGCUAUAUUACAACAUCAUUAUGAAGACGACUUCAUCGAUAGUAUGGAUUCCAUAGAUGACAUCAUUCAACUGGCUAGAGACGUUAAAUCUAUACAUGCAGAUGCCGGCUUCCAUAUAAGGAAUUGGAUGUCGAAUUCUACCACCGUCCUUGAAGCGCUGAAAGAAGAUGGAACGAAAACGAAAUCAACAGCUUCCUCAAAGGUUUUUGGAAUGCAUGAUACAAACAUGGUGGCAACCGAAAAGGUUUUAGGCAUGCAUUGGAAUACAUCGUCUGACACGUUUACUUAUGUUUUGAACUUGUAUAGCCUUAACAGAAAAGUUAUUAUUGAAAAUAAAGUGCCAACAAAACGUGAAGUUCUUAAUAUAUUGAUGUCGAUAUUCGAUCCACUGGGAUUUCUUUCUCACUUUCUUGUUUUUGUAAAGGUGCUCCUACAAGAUAUUUGGCGUUCAGAAUUAGGUUGGGAUGAUGAGUUACCUGAAGCCUUAUAUGAAAGAUGCUUGAGGUGGCAGAUGUUGUUGCCUCAAGUUGCUGAACUCCAGAUUCCAAGAUGUUAUUCUCUUAACUUGAACCAAACUAAAACGUCAAUUCAACUUCACACAUUCGUCGAUGCAAGCGAGAAUGCAUAUGCUGCCGUGUCUUACUUUCGCAUUGAAUACGAAAAUAAAAUCGAAACGGCCAUAGUAAGCGCUAAAACCAAAGUUGCUCCAAGGCGACCAUUAUCAAUUCCGAGGUUAGAAUUGCAGGCUGCUGUUCUAGGGGUGAGACUUAUGAAUUCGAUAUGUAACGCACAUCGUUUUUCCAUAAGUCAGAAAUUUGUAUGGUGUGAUUCAAGGACCGUGCUGUCGUGGCUUCGUACUGACCCUCGAAAUUUUCAACAGUUCGUUAUGUACCGAGUAGGUGAAAUUUUGGAGUCUUCUAGUGUUUUGGACUGGAAGUGGAUUCCCUCCAAAAUGAAUGUGGCAGAUAAGGCAACAAAAUGGAAUUCAGAUCCCAACUGGGAUUCAUCCGAUGAAUGGUUCAAAGGACCUGCUUUUCUUCACAAAAAUCAAAGUGAAUGGCCACAAAUGCCACAAAUAGAAACAAUAGACAGAAGUGAAUAUAGACCUUAUUUGCUGCAAAUUAAUGCAAUUGAAAACUCAUGUAAAUUAAUUGAGGUGAGUCGUUUUGGAAGUUGGAGAAAAUUAUGGCGUUCUAUGGCGUAUGUCUUCAUGUAUGUUGAACGAUUAAAAAAAAAAGUAGAAGAAAAGCGAAGAAAUCUAGGAAAAAGUGAAAAUAUUUUAAAGCAAAGAAAUCCUGAAAUGCAGUCCUGGAGCAAACUUCACAAUUUUGUUUUAUCGUCAGACGCAAUCAAAAAAUCACAAAUGCUACUUUUUCGGCAAGCUCAAUCAGAAGUUUAUUUUGAAGAAAUACAAAAUCUAAAACACCGAACUAUGAGAAAAACGUCACCUUUUUCCAGUAGCAGCCCCCUCAGAAAACUCUCUCCGUUUUUGGACGAAAACGGAGUAUUGAGAAUGCAAGGACGCACUGCUUUCGCCGACUUCGUAAAUAUAGACUGUAAAACACCAAUUAUUUUACCUAAGACGCAUUGCAUAACUAGCUUGGUAGUUGACGAUUACCACCGAAAAUAUCAUCAUCUCAAUCAUGAAACGGCCUUGAACGAAAUACGUCAAAAAUUUCAUAUUUCGGAGCUGAGAGUAUUGCUUAAGUCUGUAAGACGAGACUGCCAAGCUUGUAAGAUUCAGAAUGCUCGUCCUCAAGUUCCUGAAAUGGCCAAUUUACCAAAGGCUAGGUUAUCAGCGUUUUGUAGGCCUUUUACAUUCGUUGGGGUGGAUUUUUUUGGACCGAUUAUAGUGACGGUAGGAAGACGAAAUGAGAAAAGAUGGGGUGCAUUAUUCACCUGCCUAACUAUUCGAGCAGUGCAUGUAGAAAUAGCUCAUAGUUUGACUACAGAUUCAUUUAUCAUGUGUCUACGGAAUUUUAUGGCUCGGCGUGGGACACCUUUAGAAAUAUAUAGCGACAAUGGUACCAAUUUCCGAGGCGCAGAAAAGGUGUUGAAAGAGGAAUUAAAACAGUUUGACUUGGGUCGGGUGGCUGAUGAGUUCGUGACAGCAGAAUUAAAAUGGAAUUUCAAUCCACCCACCACUCCUCACAUGGGUGGUGCAUGGGAAAGGCUCGUACGAUCAAUAAAAACCGUACUUUACAAAAUUCUUUCUUCGAGAAAAGUUGGAGACCAAAGCUUGCGAUGUGCACUUAUUGAGGUUGAGAAUAUUAUAAAUUCCAGACCUUUAACAUUUGUUUCCUUAGAUGUGACUGAUGAUGAAGCGCUAACGCCAAACCAUUUCCUUCUCGGUAGUUCAAAUGGAUUGAAAAUACCUUGUGAUCCGGUAAAUUUGGAUUUGCGAAAGACGUUCCUACCAACACUCAAUAAGAGAUCAAAAUGGUUCAUCAAAACAAAGCCAAUUACAAAGGGUGACCUGGUUAUCAUAGUAGAUAACGACCUGCCAAGAAACUGUUGGCCAAAAGGACGAGUAGUUGAUGUUGUUACCGCAAAGGACGGACAGGUACGCCGAGCAAAGGUUCAAACGGAGCAUGGUGUGUACGAGCGGCCUUCGGUGAAGUUAGCAGUUCUAGACAUUGCUGGCAGGGAACAAGAGAGUAAGCCAGAUACGGGUUGUAGUCAGCUUACUGGGGGCGGUAUGUUAGCGACAUCUGCAUUGUCGCAGUAA